AUGGUCACAAAAGCCAAGGAGGAAUUAGAGCAGGAGAUCGUAGUUAAAGAAGAGGAGAAACAGAGCUAUCUGUCAGAGAGAGCUCCAGCACUCAACACAAGCAGCUUGGGUCUUGCACAGCUGCAGGAUCUUUGCAGAGAGCUCCAUGCCAAGAUAGAUGUGGUGGAUGAGGAACGAUAUGACAUUGAGGCCAAGGUCAUGCUCAACACACGUGAGAUUAAAGACCUGAACAUCAAGGUGCUGGACCUCAGGGGAAAAUUCAAGAGGCCUAACCUACGGCGUGUUCGUGUCUCUGCUGAUGCCAUCCUCCGCUCGCUGCUGGGCUCCAAGCACAAAGUCUCGAUGGACCUCCGUGCCAACCUCAAGUCUGUAAAGAAAGAGGACACUGAAAAGAAGAGACCAGUAGAGGACAGUGACUGGAGGAAGAAUGUGGAGGCCAUGUCUGGUAUGGAGGGCAGAAAGAAGAUGUUUGAUGCUGCAAAGGGUCCCGCCCAGUGAACCCAGAUGGUGGGCUGAUGCCAUGUAAUCUCCAGCACUCCUCCUGCAUCUAGAUUGGUUUUGUUCUCCUUGAGUCUAUUCUUGCAGUUUCUGUAUUU